AUGGUCUCUGUGGCUGGAAAGCAACCGGAAAAAAAACAUGGAUUUGGUACCCCCGUAAUAGCGGGCACUUUUCUCCUUUUGGAGGACAAAGUUGUUCGAUUUCAAUAUUACGUUAUGGGCUACAAUUUUGAUUCUUUGGUACUUUCGUACAGUCCAAGUGCUUCAGUUAGUUACACCAUCUACAGUACAUACAGAUUAAGUUCUGGAGUGAAAGGAGUUUGGAUCGGGAAAUCCAGCAAUAGCUUCUAUCCGAAUGGAAAUUACAUACUAAGAUUGGUCUGUAAAACAUACUCCGGAUCUCCAUCUUCAAGUUCUGGUGUUGGAUUUAGAAAUAUAAUUUUAUUUUAUGGAUAUAGUUCAUUUGUUUCAACCUAUACACCUACCAAUGGCUACAAUCCUCAUGUCAACGUUACUAGCAUAAUAAUUGGCGUUACGGUAACAAUUAUACUUAUAAUAUUCGCAAUUAUAAUAUUUACGUACCGACAUCGCUAUAUAAACUCCCGUGGAAGACCUUUUAAUAGUCCUAGCUCUGGAAUGCCUGUACCCGGAACAAGAAUAACUAAUCCUCCACCAAAUACUUCAAGCAACACCUCUACUGCACCACCACCAGCAUAUGGUGUCGCAGUGACCUCACAAACUCCAGGUAUUAGCUAUCCUGCAGUAUAUGGAGCUCCACCACCCGGCCAUGGAGUUGCUCAACCUGGUUAUGGAUUCGGACAAACUCCAUACGUAGUUAGCUAUAAUGUAAAUGCAGGGACUCCUCAAACUUCACCUCCAUUAUAUGAAACGGUAUCCCAAUCGCAGAAUACAACUCAUGCAGCCGAAAUGCAGAAUAAUGAAUUAAGCAAAAUUAAUACAUAG